AUGCCUGUUAGUAAAAACGCGAAGAUUAGUACACACCUUAAUUACCGCAUUCGCUGUACUCUCCAAGAUAACAGACAGCUUGUUGGUACAUUUAAAGCUUUCGACCGUCACAUGAAUCUCAUUUUGUGUGAUUGCGAUGAGUUCAGAAUUGUGAAAAAUAAGAACACCAAACAGCCUCGCCAAGAAAAGCGCUCCCUUGGUUUGGUUCUUUUGCGUGGUGAACAUAUCGUGAGCAUGAACGUAGAUGGACCUCCACCUCCAGAAGAUUCAGCUCGAGUCCCCUUACCAGGCUCCGGAAUGGGUCUUUCUGCAGCAGCCAUGAUGGGUGUUCCCCCACCAGGCAUGGGCCGACCCGUUGGUCGCAGUAUGCCCCUUGUGACACCUUCAGCACCGGCUGUGCCUCCACCACCACCUUCGGGACUUGCAGCUGGACCCACAGCAUGGGCCGGUGUCGGUGUGCCCAACCCGGCACUUAUGCAACCUCGUACGGGUAUACCGCCACCACCCCCCACUGCUUCUACCGCUGGCGCCGCAGCUGCUUAUGGGAGACCCGGAGCCCCACCGGCUGGCAUGGCACCGCCCCCACCACCCCCUGGUGGUGCACGUCCCCCCUACUAA